AUGUCUUGGCAGUCCGGUGACUGGCGUGACUGGUCCGAUGAAGAGUGGAAGCAGUAUCGUCUGCUCCAGAAAGAUGGGAAGCAGGCCGAGCCAGCGAGAAGUUCCGGACUGCAGGAGGUUGGACAAGAGGCCGCCAACCAGAGGAGUUCUGGUCACGACGGAAAUGGCCCUGGCCCGGGGCAAUCCUGCAAGUUGCAACUUCCGGCCUCCUGGAAAGUGGACAUGAAUCCAAAUGAGAUUCAUGGGGCCAAAGACUUUGCCAAGAUCAGACGGGACUGCAACCGACAGCUUCAGAAGAUGUAUAAUGUCUGGCAAGCAGAGCUGGAAGAGCAGAGGGAAAACCAUGCCGUGGAGUUGCGUGCCUCAGUGGCUAACUGCACGACGUCGAACAACUUGCUGCUGGAAGAGAAGCAGAGGAGCUUCUUCUUUGGACAGCAGGUCAUCGACUUGGAAGCCAAGCUGGUCGAGGCCCAGAAGGAGCAGAAGGGAGAGCAGCAGAAGCUGCAGAUGGAGCACGAAGCCAAGCGGCUCCUCGACCAGAGCAACUUUGAGAAGGCCAAGAAGGAGCUGGAAAACCAGCACAAAGACGAGCUGAGCCGUGCCGAGAAGGAGAAGAAGCAGCUCGAAAGCCAGCACAAAGACGAGCAGACCCAUGCCGAGAAGGUGAAGAAGCAGCUCGAGCAAGACAUGGAGAAGCUGGUGGAAAAGCACAAAACAAAGAUCAUGGAUCUCCAGGCCGAGCAUUCGCGUGAGACAAAGGAGCUGAACAGCAAGCACCGGAAGAAGAUCGUGCGGAUGAAGCUUGAGGUCGCAGAGUACAGGAAAAAGGUGAACCAGAACACCACUCGGUGGGGCGAGCAGCUGGCCCGCCAAACAGAGGUCGCGAAGCAGGCUGCCAAGGAGGUGGCAAAGCUGAAGCGCGAGUUGAGCCUUGCUGAGGACCCGGGCUGGAACGGCAGUGAGUUGCUUUGGACUCGCUGUGCUUCAUGGUUGUUGCGCAGGAUAUGA